AUGCAUCCUCACCGCCCGCUGCCGCACGGCCACGGUUCGGCGUUGCAGUCUCCAACCAUGGUCGAGGGUAGCGGCGCGGAUGUUGGUGGCGUUGGUGGGGCUAUCAACCACCGGUUCGAAGCCGACAAACAAGCCUGGGAGGAUGCGAUCCGGGGAUACAGUGGAAACGAUCCGCUCGACCUGUGGUUUAACUAUGUUGGCUGGUACGAGCAAAAUCGAUCCUUCGAUCGAUCGAACAACCUUCGGCCGAUCCUGGAAAGAUGCUUGUCAUUAUAUCAGGAUAACGAAGGUUAUUCGCAAGACACCCGUAUGGUCAAGCUGAGGAUGAAGCUGGUGGAGCUGCAACAGUCGAAUCCCAGUUGCUAUCAAAUUAUGUACAAAAAGAGCAACGGCACGCAUUGCCAAAUGCGAGAACAGCCGAUAGAAGAUCUGCAGGAGAUGCAUAGAAAUUUUCGGCUUUCUCAUGUUGGUAGAGGGCAGCACAAUGAUUCGCUUGCAAAGAAACGAUCCGCCAACACGAUGAUCGAACCGAGGCAACCCGUCGCACCCUUGAGUCCACCGCAGAAAAAAAUUAAACACGAAGCGCUAGGAAACUACAUACAUCAGGUACCGGCUGGCCAUCAUCAUGACGCGAGUGUUCCUCCCGUGAACGGAGGCGCAGUGCAGGAAGGUCCGGCUUUAGCGUCUACAGCCGUGGUAGGGCCACAUAGACACCAGCUGGCUUACUAUCAUCAGCAUCGGUCCGGGCAGCAAGACUUGAUGACGCCGAACCAUGCGCAUAUGCCUGCCGAGACACCUUCCACAGAAUCAAGUAGCUACUAUUUGCCGGAUAACCAUUCAAAUAGUACGUACUAUUCGGGCAAUGGUCAGCAUGAGCCAUAUCAACACGCUGAUUCGUUCGCACCAAGCGACAUCGGCACAACAGUACCUGUUUCUUCUGUUUCCGCACCGAUUGGCCAUACCAACCUGCAACAGGUUUCCACCGACGACACCCGCAUACAGUCCGAUUUGGUGCAACAGCAAAGACACAGAGUGGAAGCUGGCGGCCCUGUUCCGAAUUCGUCGGUGGCAACGCAAUACCAAACCCAAGAGGAAAGCGUUAUCGAAUGUAAUCUCAACAACUCAGCGUACGUGAUCUCAUCUUCGCUGAGCUACGUCUACGACGAUCCCGAUCUCUCAACCCAAUACCCUCUCGCGGAGGAGGUUCACUCGUCCCAAGAGUCAUCCGAGCCAGCUGUAUCGCCAAAUUCGCAACCGACAGCGGAGCAAGAGUAUGCUGUCGAUAGUGAUCAAAUUCGGUUGCCACCAAACUUUGUUCGGGAAUCGCGAUCCAAUCAUGAAACAUGGGACGUACCCUUGUGCCUGGAGGAGCCCUACGAUCCGAACCGGCGGUGCUGUUAUCCAAAGCAUCUGGUUUAUCCAGAUCUGCACGUUGAGCGACCCACGAAGGAGUUCUCGCUAGAAGAGAUCCUCGCUCAGCGCUGGCAGGCUCGUAAGCUUCAACAGCAAGAGCAAGAGGCUCAACGGCAGGCAAAGUUGGCUCAAUUGGAAAAGGAGAAACAAAUGCGACAGAUUCAGAUGAAAUACCACCAACAGCAACAACAGCUACAGCAUGAGCAGCAGCAACAACAGCAGCAACAACAGCAACAACAGCAGCAACAACAUCGAAUGUAUCCUUCUCAGCAAUAUUUAAAUUCCCCUGGACACACGCCACAACAGCAGCCAAAUAAUUUCCAGUCGCAUCAAAUGCGGCAAGGAUCGAUUCAGCAUACUAGCAACUUUUAUCAUCAACAACAGCAGCAACCUCACGGUCCUUACCACGGGUAUAGCAAUGGAUACCCAGCGCAACAAGCUCCACAGAUGCUUUCGAAUCACAACUAUCAGCACACAAACGCAUCGUCGACGGUAAUACAGAACCAUCAUCAACACCACCAUCAGCAGCAACAGCAGCUUCAUUCCGUUCACGGUGCGACUCACCAUCAGCAUCAUUCGCCGGUACCAACAACACACUCGCAUUCCCCAGCUCCGGCAACAGUACCACAGUAUCCGCAACAACAGUAUGCGCAAGCUAUACAUUCUCAUCUCCAUUCGCCACAAGGCUAUCAGCAUCCGCACCAGCACCAACAGCAACAACAUGUUCCAUACGACGGAUAUAGUCAUCACAGUUACACAGGAAACCAGCAAACGGCACCGACCGUACGGGCACAACAGGAAGCGUCUCCCCAUCGGACAUAUCAGAGCAUGACGAACGUCGUGACUCCCUAUGGUUCGCAUAGUCCUGCGCAGCCGGUGGGACAACAGGAAACGAUAGUGCCCAUCACUCACGUUCCUUACGCCAUUACACCACAAACGCCACAGACGUCUCAGGUGUACGCGAAUGCUGCUGGCACCCAACACCAUCACCCACAUCAGCAGCAUAUUGGCGCAAUCGUUCCUCAGCAUUCGGUGCAUAAUCGAGGAAACUUGUUUCAGCAGCAGGAACAACACAAACAACAGCACCAGUAUCAGCAACAGCAGAAUCAUCUACAGCAGCAUCAUUCGUAUCACCCGUAUAGUCACGCGAAGGAGCAGCAGUCGCUUGCGAAGGCACAGGCGACUGCAGUGGCGGAAUGUAACGCACAGCAAGGAUACGCGCAGGAUCAAUCGAAACAACAUUCAGCUCCUAAUAGUUAUAAGCAUGUUACCGCUGUGGCUGAACCACUCGAAUCGGCGACUGUUAAUGGGGUGAUGAGAGCACAGAUGGUGCAGGGACAGAAACAUGCACAGAUCCAUCAAGAACAGCAGCAGCAGUACCAACAACAGUCUCACCAUAAGUUGCAGCAGCAUCAGCACGAUCAUCAGCAUCUGAAUAUGCAGCAACAAGAACUUCAACGGGUACAGCAAGAACAGAAUCAAUACAACAUUAAUAAUAACCAUGGAAAGUACAACGCCAACUGUGAUGAUGUCGAGGAACAAAUCGAGGCUUCGACGAUACGCUUUUCCACGCCAAGUGAGAAUGGCACAAGCCGAAAACAAACUAUUACGAUCAAAUUUAAGAAGGAGAAAACCGGCCUCGCUUCUUCCUACACAACGGCGAACCAACAUUCGCCGACUGCUAUCGGAUCUGGGGUCAAUUCGACUCCGUUCGUGGAAGCGAACGAUGAGCAGUACGAAACUCAAGAAACCACGCGGGCAUUACCGGAUACUACGAAAAAGCAUAAAAAACUCGCCACGGAUGAAAACAAUGGAAAUCGUUCGAAGGGGCGAUCAGUCGCGGGAAAUGAUGCAGGAGCCAAGAGUAGAUCAUCGAAAGGAAAGCAUUCGAAGAAGAAGCCACCAUCAACAUCGGAACUGGACGGUUCCCGCCUGGUUGUCAAUCAUAUGGAAGAUGCAAACCUUCUGCUGUCGCUCUCUCGACCGGGCGGAGAAAAGGACGAAGAUUCGUCCCUUUCGGUGCAAUCGUCGGCCGAGCUGACGGCGGGAUCUAAAAAGAAGAAAAAAUCGAAACGUUCCAAAUCGGCGAACAAGGAAAAACGACGAAAGCAUCGGUACGAUGUGGAUGACGACUUCCCAAGGGUGGAGGAGACGAACGAUGAUGAGUCGGAUGCGCAGGAUACCUUGAGCAAAAGGUAUUCCGAGACCACUGCUGCCGGUACUUACGGGGACGAGGACGAAGACGACGGUAUGCUGGACGAGUUUUACGAUGCUGAAGAGGAAGAAGGCGAGGGGGAUACUGAAGGCAACCGGGUGGUUAGAAACGAUGACGACGACGAUGAGGAGGAAUAUUACGGCGAGGAGGACACAAGCCAGGAAGCAACACAACAACAAGCCAUCGCAGGCAACAGAGCUGAGAGGAAACGCAUAAUUCGUCCUGAUGAGGACGAUUCGUCCUACCAAUCAAAUUCGGAGUUCAACACUUCGUUCAGCAAUAUAUCCUUCGCCGGGGACAACAGCAAUGGUCCGUUCAAUUACGGUGGCAGCAACUGUUCGACCCCAGCUCGCCGGACGCAGACGUCUGUUGGUGGUGGUGCGUUUUCAAAGACUUCCACCCCUGUAGGAUCGUUCCGGUACCUUCGUAAGCAGGAGACAUACCUCUCCAAUCUCGGCCAAAAUGAAGACUCCAUGAACUCGACCGUGGUCGAAAGUAGCUUCUUCCAGGCUGGAGAACACGACGAAGACGCCAAAAAGCGUCGAUUUGAAAAGGCUCUGGCGACCAUUGAGACGCAUUUGAGUCGUUCGUUCGUUGAUCCGUUCAACGGUGAGCUGUGCAGGGCGUUCCUGACGAAGGUGGAUUUUCCAUCACGCAACUGUGAACCGACCGAGAACUACCGGCUCACCGAAACGAACCUUCCGAAGCUGCUGAAGGGACAGACGACGAAUCUCGGCGGGACGAUGUACAGCAUCGAGAAGGAGGUGGGCCGUGGAUCGUACGGAUCCGUGUUUCGAGCGAUCAACACGCAGACUGGUUCGGUUGUGGCGAUCAAGUACCAAAAGCCAGCCAACACGUGGGAACUGUACAUCUGUACGGAGGUGAAGAAACGACUGACUAAUGUUAAGAUGCUGGCUGGCUUCAUGGACAUCAGUGGGGCGGUGAUAGCACCCAAUGCAAGCGUGUUGGUAUCGGAGUUCUCACAGUACGGUUCUUUGCUGGACAUCAACAAUAAGAUUCGCACGGCGGCGACAAGAAAGGUGAUGCAUGAAUCUCUCGUGAUGCACUUCAGCUGCCAGAUACUGUCGAUUGUGGAAUAUCUGCACGGUUGCAACAUUAUUCAUGCAGAUAUUAAGCCGGAUAAUUUCUUGUUGAUGAAAAUUCCAUCCCGAGAUUUGGAGGAGCCUACGCUACGACUUAUCGACUUCGGCUGUGCCAUUGAUAUGAACUUUUUCGAAGCCAAGCAUCAGUUCAAAAAGGUUAUCCAGACCGACGGAUUCACAUGCAUAGAAAUGCAGGAGGGCCGUCCGUGGUCAUUUCAGACGGAUCUGUUCUGUGUGGCCGGUACAAUUCACGUGAUGUUAUUUGGCGAGUACAUGCAGCUGGUGAAGAAGUACGAGUGUGGUUGGGACAUCAAGCAGAAACUGCCGAGAUAUUUAAAAAAGCAUGUCUGGACGGAGGUGUUCCAAAAGCUGCUCAAUAUCAAGGACAUCGAUCACAUGCCGAGUUUGUCCGAUCUUCGCCGGCUUAUAAACGAGGAGGCGUACAAGAUGGACUCGGAGCUGGUCACGCACAUUCGUUCGCUGUCAAAUUUGCUGAAAAGCCGAUAGGUAGAGGACGGUUCUGUUGCUGUUAUUAUGAACCGAACGAGAAUGAUGCUAAUCAGGUUCAUGCAGUAACUUGCCAAAGGGCAAACAUUGGAACUCUGCACUGUACACUGUUAAUAGUCGGGUAAGAGUAUCUUCCAUCCAGUCAUUGUUGCAACUUGUAACCAAUGCCAGACUAUGCUGGGAGAGUAGGAUACGGAACUGUGGGUAGGAAUAAUGUUCGAACAAGUGGUAGUAUAUUCCAAAGAUUAAUUUGUGUUAUUGAUUAUGUUGUUGCACUUGCUUCUGCUAAUAGCUCCCAC